AUGAGAGUAACACCCCCUGAAGAGGUUACAGAUAGUCACGUGAGAAUCAUCACUCCCUUCGUUUGAUCAAUGUAAACAGUGAAACACAUUGAUAUGCGAGGUCUUCGCUUCGUAAACUGCUGUGACUGUGAAUCAUUUCGUUAGAGUCAUUCAGAGGUUCCGAACGCUUCCGCAAGUGGCGCAAAAAUAGCCUGACUUGUCUGGUGAAAUUACGACGCAAGCUCAGAACAGUGUGUCGUACAAGACGCAAGUUACUGAAACUCGACCAACCUCUAGACAAGGCAAGAUGAGCGAAAAACAACCACUGUUAAGUGGACCUCCAUACCCUGGCAAUCCUCAAGGUCAACCACAAUAUCCAGGAACCCAGGGACAGCCACCAUAUCCAUAUCCAUCGGCCCAAGGACAGCAACCAUACCCACCAGCCCAGGGACAGCAACCAUAUCCACCAGCCCAGGGACAGCAACCAUACCCACCAGCCCAGGGACAGCAACCAUACUCACCACCUUCUGGGCAGUCUCCUUAUCCAGCAGCAGGGGGCGCUACCCCUGGUUAUCAGAGUGGAUACCCAGCAGCCACUAGUGGAAAUCAUGUUGACACACCAACGUGGCAAGGUGAAGUUCCUGAUGAUGACCCAGAUGAAAACCCAAAUGUGCAGCCUCCAUCAGCGACAGCCCCACCGCUUGAGAAAAUGGACCAAUUUUCAGGGUAUGAAAAUAUGGAAGGUACACCAUUACAGCCACCUCCUAGCUACAAUGAAGCACUUCACUCACAGCCACCACAGAGCCAAGAUAUGGCAACAAGAGUACCAGUUGUUUCUGAAGAACAAGCAAGAAAUGCAUUGCUCGACCAUGUUUCUCAGAAUUGCUGUUUUGGUUCGAAACCAGCAAAUGAAUUGAUCUUCACCAAUAUUCUCCCAUCAAGCGCAUUCCAUUAUUCAUUGGAAUCCUACACUGAGAAAAGGUCAACUAAAUGGGCCUAUGAACCAUAUCAUGGGCAAGUAAUUGAUGGGUCAUUCAAUGGUGUAGCGCCAUCUCCGUGGGAUAUAGAGGCAAGACCUCCUGCAUUAUUUCAGUCGCACACUGUAAAUAUGGAAGUACCACAUACAGCAUCUGUCAAGCCUUGUCAUGACUGUAUUGGUCUGGGUAGAAAACGAUGUUAUAAUUGUCAUGGUAGAGGAAGGACUCGAUGCCAUAGUUGCCAUGGACACGGUCAUUCAACUCAUUAUAUCAAUGGUCAUCAUGAGAGACGCCAUUGUCAUUUUUGUCAUGGCCAUGGGAGAAAACGGUGCUUUGUCUGCAAUGGUCAUGGUCACACUGCGUGUCAUACAUGUAAUGCUAGGGGUCAACUGAAGUGCUUCAUCAGACUGACUAUUGAAUGGAUUGUUCACCAUGAUGACCAUGUUGUGGAAAGAACUUCAUUGCCAGAUGAAUUAAUUCGCACUGUGUCUGGCGAGACUGUCUUCAAACAGGAACUUCCUAGGGUUUGGCCAAUCAAUCAUUUUCCAGAUGUAAAUAUCAAUGAAGCAUCUAAAAAUUUGGUACAGCGUCACCUGACGGGUUUUCAAGCAGAACGUAUAAUUAUGCAGCGUCAUAAAGUUCGAGUUAUUCCAGUUGCUAACAUCCAUUGUCAUUGGAACAACAAUAGUUUCUCGUACUUUGUAUAUGGAUUUGAACACAAAGUGCAUGCACCAGACUACCCCCAACAGUGCUGCUGCGGAUGUACAUUACUGUAAACCACCACUAGAGGGCGACAUUACACCUGACAAGAUAUGAUUUUUCUAUUUCAGUGUUUGGUUUGUUUAAUAUUAACAAUCAGAUUUGAUUGCUAUAAUUAUCCAGUAUGUCAACUGCAUAGAUAAAUUAAUUUUUUUGUAUGUGAAAAAAUUAGUUGUUAACCACAGGAUAGGUUUUUAAUUGAAGAGAAUUUUAGGGAUGUAUAUCUAGAAACUUCAUUCCCAUAGAAACAGGGAAUUUUAUUUUUUCUCUCUUAGUCACAUUUUUCUUAACAUUGGAUUUUUUGUGUAUCUAAUGAUACAUUGUUUCCAAUACUGUCUAUCUCCACAACAGAACAUCUUGAAUUAUACCACACUCACAUACAUGACAUUAUAGCAUUUUACAAUCCACUGUAUACAACUGUUAUUUCAGUUCCAUAUCUGUACACAUUGAAUUACACAAUAUAUAUUUACAUAUUUUAUUGAAUUGCAGUAACUAACAUUUCACAGAAGUGAAUAAUAUUUGUAUACAUAGAACUCGAAAAAUA